GGGAAAGAGGGCUUAGUUUUGCAUGUUCCCAUCCAUCCUGCACGACGCGAAAGGGCCCCUUAUCCACCUCUCCUGUGUACAAGGAACACCUCCACUGGUGAUCAGCCUUUGCCUGUGUUUGUCUUGUGGAGAAGCAGCAGCACCUUUUUCAGGAGUGGGUUUUUUAUUCAGCAAGAAGUCCUGAAGGUUUUGGAUGCGGUGCUUCAGGGAUGUGGGCACUUUGAGAGCAGCAUCACCCACAAACAUAAACAACUGCCAUCGAUUUUUCUGUGAAUAGCACAAAAAAAAGAAGAAGAAGAAGAAGAAGAAGAAGAAGAAGAGGAAGAAGAAGAAGAAGAAGAAGAAGAAAAAAAGGACAAAAAAACCAGAGGAACAAUAGCAACACAAAAAAAUCUUGUCUAUUGAACAAUUCACUUUUCCAGUCUGUGGAUACCGCUCUAACUAAGUACAGCACUUUGAGAAUUGUUCACAUCGGACGGACUGAAGAGGGAAGCAAGACCUGUGGACCGGGUUUUCCCUCGCAAGUCUGAAUCGGCUCUCUCUACUUAUCCCGUGAAAAAAAAAGAAAAAAAAGAAAGAAAAAACCCUGAAGGAUAACGCGCUUGGACGUUUAUUUCCCUAAUUUCGCAGGAGGCUCUUUUUCGCGCAAAUUGUCCUAAAUGUUUGGGAUUCAGGAAACUAUACCGCGGGGUGGGACGACGAUGAAGGAGGAACCGCUGGGUGGACUGAACUCGGUCCGCUCCUGGAUGCACACAGCUGGGGUGGUGGAUGCAAACACAGCCGCCCAAAGCGGUGUCGGCUUGGCACGGGCACAUUAUGAAAAGCAGCCCCCUUCCAACCUCAGAAAAUCCAAUUUUUUCCAUUUCGUCCUGGCGCUGUAUGACAGACAGGGUCAGCCGGUGGAGAUCGAAAGGACAGCUUUUGUGGACUUUGUGGAGAAAGAAAAAGAACCAACCAGUGAAAAAACUAACAAUGGGAUACAUUACAAACUACAGUUAUUGUACAGCAACGGCGUCAGAACAGAACAGGAUCUUUACAUACGGUUAAUCGAUUCUAUGACGAAGCAGGCCAUAGUUUAUGAGGGUCAAGACAAGAAUCCAGAAAUGUGCAGAGUUCUUCUCACUCAUGAAAUUAUGUGCAGCCGAUGCUGUGACAAGAAAAGCUGUGGAAACAGGAACGAGACUCCGUCAGACCCAGUGAUCAUUGACAGAUUCUUUCUAAAGUUCUUUCUCAAGUGCAAUCAGAACUGUCUGAAGAAUGCAGGGAAUCCACGAGACAUGCGCAGAUUCCAGGUUGUCGUAUCGACGACCGUCAAUGUGGACGGCCAUGUCUUGGCUGUCUCUGACAACAUGUUCGUACACAACAAUUCCAAGCAUGGGCGAAGGGCUCGCAGACUCGACCCUUCAGAAGGUACGCCUCCUUAUCUGGAGAAUGCAGCCACCCCAUGCAUCAAGGCUAUCAGCCCCAGUGAGGGAUGGACUACUGGUGGAGCCACUGUCAUCAUCAUUGGGGACAACUUCUUUGACGGCCUACAAGUUGUGUUUGGCACUAUGCUCGUAUGGAGUGAGCUGAUAACUCCACACGCCAUCCGUGUCCAGACCCCACCUCGGCAUAUCCCCGGUGUUGUGGAAGUCACGCUGUCCUACAAGUCCAAGCAGUUCUGCAAAGGUGCCCCUGGGAGAUUUGUCUAUACAGCCCUGAACGAGCCCACCAUUGACUAUGGUUUCCAGAGACUGCAGAAGGUCAUCCCCAGACACCCUGGCGAUCCUGAGAGGUUACCAAAGGAGGUGUUACUCAAAAGGGCGGCUGAUCUUGUUGAAGCCCUGUACGGAAUGCCCCACAACAAUCAGGAGAUCAUUCUGAAGCGGGCAGCUGACAUUGCAGAGGCCCUGUACAGCGUUCCCCGCAACCACAACCAGAUCCCCUCUCUCGCUAACACAGCCUCCCACGGCAUGAUGGGAGUCAACUCCUUCAGCAGCCAACUAGCAGUCAAUGUGUCUGAGUCACAAGGGAAUGACCAAGUGGGCUACAGCCGGAACACCAGCAGCGUCUCCCCCCGAGGCUACAUCUCCAGCAGCACCCCACAGCAGUCGAGCUACAAUACCGUCAGCAACAGCAUGAAUGGCUACGGCAAUGCCGGUAUGAACCUGGGAGUGCCAAGCUCCCCUGGGUUCCUCAACGGAUCCUCUGCCAACUCCCCAUAUGGAAUUAAACAAAAGAGCGCCUUCGCCCCUGUGGUCCGACCCCAGGCCUCCCCACCCCCCUCCUGCACCAGCGCCAACGGCAACGGACUGCAAGGUGAGCCCCCCUCACCCCCUCAUCCCUUCCCUACGGACUACUGGUCAGAUACCGCUGCUCAGGCCUCUGUCCGGUUUGCCAUGUCCGGCCUGGUUGUCCCCCCAAUGUAAAUGCACUUUUGUCAUCUCAAGCACCAGUCGACACACUACCACUUCACAGGACACCCCCUCAGCACACUGCAAAAACGCUGGUGUAUUGUAUAGUCAACCGCUUGUUCUGUUUUUAAAGAUGAAGGAAAAAAAGAAAAAGACUAAUUAUUUUUUUUUUCUUUUCAACGACUCUCACAACCUUCAGAAAAAAGGAUUUCACAAAGAACAAUAUUUUUUUCUGUGGGAUUUUUUUUUUCCUUUUUUUUCCACCACGUUUUUUCACACCAGAAGAGGACACAGAAUGAUGAAGGGUUUAUUUUCUAUACCUAUCGGGUUGUGCUUCGGCCUCGGACAAGUCAAAUCAACUACACAUUCAAUACUGGAAAGGACUCUGUGGACUCACCAUCUGGUUGUAAAGUAAAAACACUGAUGUACAGUACAUUUGCCAAUGAACUCGUUUUGCCUCAGAAAUUGUUUUUUUUUUCUGUUUCAACUCUCUUUUAAUAGAUUCACAACAGUUGUGUGUCUUUAUAAUGUGACUUUUUUGUAUUUUUAUGUGUGAGAAAAAUACACAGGGGCCAAGACAGUUUGAAUUUCAACUGGAAAAUAUAUAAGAUAUAUAAUGUAGAAAAACUGAUCAUAAAAGUACAACAAAUACAAGUAAAAUGGGGGUGGGACUGGGCGGGCAAUGUUGUAUCAUGUUUCAUUCCUGCAUUUUAACUUAAAUUUUGUAAUUUAUUGUAGCUAGAAAUCAUCUUCAAAAGUGAAAAAAAUCUCUUUGAUUCAACAAGCACACUGAUGUGUACAAAACACUGCUCUGUUGAUGAAUAUGAUGUACUUCCACGUCUAGAGCUUCCUUUUAAGCAAGUGUGUUUUGCCAUGUUUUUCAACUUUUUUGCUAGCACUGUAUAUUAAUGCAUUCCUAGGCUACUGUGAAGUCUGUUUCUUGUUGAUGAGGAGCAGUCUCCCCCUUCUAGCUCCAACUCCCUUAUGUGUUUUAUAUGUGGUUAAAAAUUGUAGACUAUUGUGAUAUUGCCAAACUUGUGCUAAAUAUUUAUACAUCUGUCUUUUUCAUGUUCUUUUAGAUCAACAAAAAAACAUUUAAAAAACAAUUAAAAUCCAUCGAGAAUGUAGGAGAAUAGUAGUUCAUUGUCAUAUUUCUGUUCAAAUACACACUUGCGCUCACUGAGGGAAAUUUUGUAACAUAUCAACUAUAAAUAAUGUAUUUAUCUCUGAAAUUUUGUAUAUUGCUUUUCAUUAUGUAUUAAUCGUCAUGCCCUUAAUAUAGUGAUGCAGCACAGAUAAUUCAGCCAAGAACUGUUGCCUUCAUUUGUUUUCUUUUUGUAUUUGAUGAAAUGCAAUGUGCAUAUAUUUCAUGUGUAUCCUCAAAAUUUGUGUUACUCCAUCAAGACUCUCUGUCCAUUUUUUAAAGGGGAAGUCAAACUUCAUUGUUUAUUUUUAUAUUGAUUUUAAAUUAUCUAUACAGACCAUUUUGGAGAAAACUUUGUUGGUUGUAUUGUCAAAUAAAUUGUUUGUGACCCAUAUGAUAGUUGUUAAGAUCCAAUAGAGACUAAUGUGCAUGAGGGACAACCUUGGAGAUAAAAAAGCACUCCAUUCGUGGUUGUAUUUUUUCUGUUUUGUAGAAUGUAUAGAGGUCAUUUUUACUCACCACUUAUGACUCUGCCACAUAGCUUACAUGUGUUUACAGGGAAGAAAAUUUAAACAUGUCAACAUUUGGAAUGGAAACAGAAAUGAAUAAGUGAUGUUUUAUUAAAAUUUUCAGUAAAAACACA